ACGCGAGCUCUUAAUUAGUAAACAGACUGAUCGCAACAGAAGAACGGUUUGGAAUAUUCUCCGAAUGGCUGAUGCAGCAUCAAACUGUGGUUAAAACUCCAUCAUCAUUUAAAACUCUUCUUCUUCUUGCUGCCACAGAAGGAAAGGGAAGCUGAGCAGACAGGAUGAGUUGCUUCCAGGGUCUCAUGUGGGAGUACACCAGUGUGUCUCUGGACCGCUUUGAUGGCCGCAAUCUCUCCUCCACUGUCUUCUUCCUCUCCCACUGUCAUAAAGAUCACAUGGUGGGUUUGCACUCUUCAAGAUUUCAUGAAAAGUUACAGUCAAGGAUGGACAUCUUCUUGUACUGCUCUGCUGUGACACAGACUCUGCUGCUGACCGACCCACAGUACAUGCACCUCCGCAAGUUCAUAAAAGUUUUGGAUGUUGGCGUUCCGACUACAGUCACAAUUCCUGACAAAGGUGGUGAUGUCAAGAAGGUGUCCACAGUGCUGGUCACUCCUCUGGGGGCUGGACAUUGUCCGGGAUCACUCAUGUUUCUGUUUGAAGGAAAAGAAGGGACAUGCUUGUAUACAGGAGAUUUCCGCUGGGAAACCAACCAUGCACAGAAUCUACAGGCCUUUAAGUCGGGAGACAGUGUUAAGGAAAUCAAGAGCCUGUACAUCGACACAACGUUCUGCAUCGAGAACGCCUUCCACUUCCCGAGCCGCAGUGACUGUGCGGAGGCAGCAAGUGAGCUAGUGUCACGCUGGCUGGCUCAGUCGCCUGACCAUGUUGUGUCCAUCUCCUGCAAGUCCAAGUACGGCCAUGAACACUUCCUGCAGGAACUCAGUACCAACACACACCAGAAGGUACAUACAUCACGGGAGAAGUGUGACGUGUAUCAGCAGAUCGGUGAUCUACGCCAGGUCUUCACGUCAGACCCUGCAGCCAGAAUCCAUUCCUGUACCUUUGUGCCUGGCAGGUCUCCAUUGUCACGACUACCUUGUGGCUACGUCCCGGAACACGGCCGUGACAUCAACGUCCUCAUCCUCCGUCCCUCCACCAUGUUCUUUGCCCUCAACCGCCAUAAGUAUCGCAAUGAUGACCUAAUCGUGUACCCCAAGGGUUCCAGAGGUCUUCAUCGUGUGUGCUACUCCUUCCAUGCAUCGUAUGUUGAGGUGCGUGACCUCGUCAUGUACCUCAAGCCGCAGCGAGUCUUCCCAAAUGUCAUACCGCCCAAUGAACAGGAUUUGAGCAAGGUUCAGGCGAGACUGAACAGCUUCCUCAAGUUGGUGCAUUCGAAGCACAUUCCUUCCAUGGUGGCUCCCAAUAGUGUUCUCGGUAAACUCAAGGUCAGACAGAAAGUCUACCAUGGCAGAGAUUCCUCCCAGAGUGACUCCGAGAACCUGGUUUUUGACAGUCCUGUCAAGAUCCAGCCCUCCUCCCGCCAGAACCAUACCACCCCGUCCCAGACCAGUUCGACCUCCCCCAAGGACAGCGAGGAUAGUGUAGUGGACAGCUCGUAUGAGGGGAGCAUCAUCCAUGAUGAGGAGAUGGAUCUCACCAACACCCAGGACAUGGGGAAAGAGAAACCCUCCCUGCCUUUGUCCUCACAGGAACUGUUUGAAACCAAGGACAAGGAGGACAUGGUUGAGGACCCCACACUUGAAAACACACAGGAGUCCUACUGUCUGUAUGUGAGCGGAGAUGAGGACUGUGAGGAGGAGGACCGUGUCUCCGCUGUCAGCUACUGCGCCCAUGAUGAUGUUGUCGUCAUCGAGUCCAGUCAGUCGCAGGAUGACGUGUGUGAGAUCGACAUCCGUGAUCCUGCUCCAGGAUCCAGUGGUGAGGGGCGCUCACAUGUCAAGGUUGACACGUCUCACCAAGGAGAUGGAGACACAUCUCAUGGAUCUCAGGAUGGUGUCUCACAUGGUGAGACGUGUGAUGGAAAAGGGGACAAGGUCAUCUCCAUCAGGGUGGAUGAGGAUGAUGAUCUUGAAAUCAAGGACACUGCAUUUGAAUCAGGGAAAGGAGACAGCAAGGGUCCGAAAAAGAAAGAAGAGAUCUCCCAUGGUAGUGAUAUCUCAUCUGAAAUACUUGAUGAUGCUGGAGGCAUCUCUCUUGGAAAGUCUGAGAGAACUUCUCACAAAGAUGGAGACGCAUUAUGCAGAACUGGUGAUGGUAUCUCACAAGAGAAGGGAGAUGAUGUCUCAGAAGUAAAUGGAGAUGAAGAGUCGAGUCUGAAAAUCGGAAAUGGUAUUUUCCAGCAAGAAGGAUGGUGGACAGAGUAAGAAAAAGUCUGUGUUUGGGAAACAGAAAAGUUUUGAUCUGUUUGAUGAAGGAAAUGCAACAGAUAUUGAGGACAAUGUUGAGGAGGACAUUGCAGAGACACAGAGAUUUGAUGUAGACUUAGCUUCGGAUGCAGACACAUCUGUUUUGAUUCUAAAAAGACAAACCCUGUACAGACAAAUCCCAUACAAGCAAACUACAUACAGACAAUUCACAUAAAGACAAGCCUCGCACAGACAUCAGCAGGCACAAAGAGGCUACUGAGGACAGGGUGUCCAGCAUGAGGCUUCCUAUAAUGACCACCUUUAACGAUAGACUCAGUGGAGGAAAUAGUUAUUUUGGACAGUGAUGAUGAGAGUGACAAGGAGUCUGGUUUUCUGAGUGGAGGGAAAGAUUGUGUUAUGUCCGAAUUCAGCAUCAAGCGGAGGUUGCCCAUGUCUAUAAACAGUGCAGAAUAUGCAAGAAAUCUCAGCAACCUUGUGGCAAAGGUUGAGAAGAGGUUAGCGAGCUCGGACAGCGAUGUCAGCCCAAGAAAGAAGAUGCGACCAGACUUGUCCCGGAACUGUGAAUCCGACAGUGACGCUGACUCUGCCACCGAGUCAAGGAUCACGUGGAGGAUUGUUUCAUAGGAGUCUGUAUUACACGGACUCAGAGUCGGAGAGUGACUCGGACAGCGAGGCGGUGGAGAUUCUGUAUGAGACGGAUGCUAACGGUGAUCGGUUUGACGUUUUGGGAAAUCCGAUGCCAACCCAGCCAUCGAUGAUGACUGUGUGUGUCAAGACUUUAAAUAGACCCCUAGUCAGCAGUACAACUAGUUGCAUGGACAACGGCAGUAACAGCAGCGAUGUCAUCGACUUGACAGAGGAGCCUGAAGAUGAUGACUGUGCUGAUCAUAUCCAUGGUAACAGCAAUGAUAAAGUUGAAAGCAACCUUGACAAAAUGGAAAGCAACCAGGAGAAGGUGGAAAGCAGUAGUGAAGAGAUGGAAAGCAGUCAUGACAUGGUAGAGGUCAGACAUGAUAAAGAGGAAAGCAGUGAUGGUAAACAGGAUAAA